GCCGGUGGAAGUGGCGUGGGCACCGACCUCCAGCAGCUAUCUAGCCCUACCAGCCUCUACGUGGAUGAUAGUGAGCAGGUGAGCGGAGUGCCAAUCAGGAACAUCUACGUGGUUGAUACCGACAACCACCGGGUUGCCAAAGUUCGUGAGAGCGAUGGGAGUGUCUCCCUCGCAGCAGGAGGGUGCCUUGAGAGCCCGAGCUACAUCAGCCCCUGCAUCGAGGGCGGAAUUCAUGACCCGCCACGACCUCAUCCAGACGACGAGGAGGCACUGAAUCCAUCCUUUGACAACCCGCCCAUCUACCACUUCUGGGGCCCCUCAGGCUUGCACGUGAACUCGGGCAUCAACAAGAACAUCACGGUCGCGGACACCUUGAACCACAGGGUCCUGGUCUGGUACUCUUGA